AUGUCUCAUGAAAUUGACAACACGCGGUCGAAGCGCAUGCUUCUUUUGCUUUACCUGACGGCCUUUCUCUUUUUUCUAGGAGAAAAUAUCCAACAAGCCCCACGAACCCAGAUCUAUGAGACCAUUAUCUGCCACCGUAUGCUGCCAUGGAAUUCGAAGGACACGCCAGCAAGGGAAGGGUGCAAAAGCAAGGCUGUCCAAGAGGAACUAGCCUUCCUCAAGGGCACUGAGAGAUUAUUAGGGGCACUACCGACCGUUCUUGUUAUUCCGUGGAGUAUUUUCGCUGAACGAUAUGGCCGCUGCCUUUCCUUGAAAUUGGCGUUAGCUGGAGUCCUGUGUGAAGAGGCAUGGAGCUGUCUCAUCUGCUGGUUCUCAGACUUGGUUCCGAUCCGUCUCAUCCUACUGGCCCCCUUAUUUGAAAUCAUCGGCGGUGGUCCUGCAAUCAUCACUACUAUUGUACAUUUAUUGGCCGCAGAGGUGACCACGCCUGAAACGCGGACAUCAACCUUUUUUGUUAUCCGCGCCAUGGCAAUUGCAGCGGCCAUCCUGGCCCAACUCGUGAGCUCGUUCCUCAUGACCCGUAAUGCGUGGGUGCCGUGGCUUCUAGGAUUGCUCUGCAUUCUUCUCGCAAUGUUUGCCGUCCCAUAUGCGCCGAACCCCGCCAUUGAGAAUUCUCUAAAUGAGAACACCAUGUUGGAUCCGGGACAACAUAAUGCGCGUAGUAUGGGUACCUUGAACCAAGAGGAAUCCCUUAGCAGCAAACAUGCUACUGUUCGAUCUCGUCUCGCUUUGGUGGCAAAGCAACUCCAGGAAGGGACAAAGGUUGUCUACGGAAACUUUUCGCUCAUCGUAUUAUUAGCGAUGUCAUUUUUGGGUGAGCUCUGCGAAGAUUCGCUUGCUAUGGUCCUGUUGCUUUACAUCUCGAAACGGUAUAGCUGGGAAUUCGCCCAGGCCAACUAUCUGUGGGCUCUAGGAGAGGCUGUCCAGUUUGUGUUCCUGAUUAUCCUUCUUCCGCGUAUCAGUACUAUGCUCUUAGCUCGUUUCAGGAUGAAUGCAUACGCGGCGGAUUUUACGAUAUCCAUUGCUAGCACGACUAUGCUUAGUUUCGGGAGUUUGCUUCUCGGAAUUGGCGUUUCUAUACCUGUUGCCAUCAUAGGUAUCCCUACCUUCCCCUCUAUAUCCCGGGGCUAUCACUAA